UGCAAAUCUUCAAUUCAAAAACCUGCCCGGCUGCUUCUACUAUUUCCGAGUCCUCCGAGUCCUCCGAGUCUUCUAAUCGUCUCCAAGUAAGUUUCUUUCAUUCCUUCUCUGAGUCAUGUCAGACCGUGAGGAUAGUCAGAACCCCUCUGUUCAUUCUUAUGGUUCUGGCGGCCGGUCUCCCACCUUUGGUUCCUCCUCUUCUUCAUCCUCCGACUCUGAGCACCCGGCUACUUCUCCACAGAAGAAGCCGGUUGAUGCUUCCACUUGCGCUCCCUCUUCUUCCGCGACGCAAGUGGUCUCGGUUGCCCAGUCCGGGGACAAGGGCCUCAUUCAGCUAGACGAUCGGUUGCUCCAAGAGCAACCGUCGUACAUGCAGAAACCCCAAGUCCACGAACUGCGUAAUCUAAUGCCUGAUGGGUAUCAAUUGACCUACCGGGCAACGUGGAAGAGCAUUAUACCUCUCCAUGCCGGCACGUCGAUUGGGAUCCAUUACCAUUCGAUCAAGGACUUGGGUGAGUUCUCUAUUCACCCAUUCAAAGUCCUUUUCCUUGAGACCUACGGGAUCAUGCCCGGGCAGCUGGCCCCUAAUGGUCACCGUUUGUUAG